UGUAACUGACUGGGACCAAUAGGAGUAACUGCUUCGGUCCCGCUGAUCUCGAGCGACGGCGAGGCGGUCGCAUGAACGAAGACACGAAUGACCAAUUGGCGUCUUUCAUCACGACUCUCGUCCAGAAGGAGCUUGACGUGCUGUUCAAGUCUCGGGAUGAGAACAUCGAGCGGCUGAACCAACAGGUGACAGCGCUAAUCAAGGAUGUCGAGCGCAUCACGAUGGAACUGGAGUCUCGAAGUGCAUGGAAUCGAAGCUUAACCAAAUACGAGGCUCAACUGAAACUAGCUGCCCAGGACACGUCCCCAUCCAAGAAGAAAUUCGCUCAGAAAUCAUGCAAGAGAUUGCCAGCGAUUGAUCCCGCCGAUGACGACACAACAAACGUACGCAACGAAGACGGGAAGCUCGUGUUUGACAAAAAGUUGCCACGCGUGGCCAACAUCGACAAGAGCAACCAGUCGUUCUUGAACGCCCUGACGUUGCAAUCGCAAAAGCAAAAGAUCUACGAGCAAGCGUUCGUGCGGUACCCUGAGUGCAGGAGCACAGUGUUUGCGCCAAGUAGCUGGGACCCGCGCAACAUAUCUGUCCAACAGCUCGAGCUGCCGAAUAUGCAACUCAAGCUGACGCGAGUGCAUGGGUACCACAGCACAUCCAACUCGAAUGUGUUUUACUUGGCAUCGGGGGAGCUGGCCUGGUUCACGGCCAAAGUUGUCGUCAUGUACUCCAAGUCGAGGCAGCUUCAGCGGUUCUACAUGGGCCACUCCAAGGAAGUGACUGCAAUGGCGAUGCACCCAAACGCGCAAAUCGUUGCGUCGGGGCAGUGCGGCAAGGACUCUGCGCUGAUCCUUGUGUGGGACAGCAAGCGAGUGAACGCGGAACCGACUCAUGCAUUGGCAAAGCUCGAGGGACAAUCCGUCAACAUUCGAAGUUUGAGUUUCUCACACGAUGGAAAGUUGAUCGCGUCGUUGGGAGGCGACUUGUACAAUACCAUUUGCGUGCACGACUGGCAGGACCAGACGCUUCUGGUAAAGGCCAGGGGCCACAGCUCCAAGGUUUGGACCGUGGCAUUCAAUCCGUACCAGGCGUACGGAAUGCCCGACAAAACCAAAGCGCAGCAGCGGGUGCCCAAGAGGCAAAAGUGGGAGGCGCGGCCCCGCCCUGGCCAGGCUCUUCGAGAUGAAGAUGCGUGCUACACUCUUGUCAGCUGCGGCGUUCAGCACAUCAAGUUCUGGACGCUGACCCAAGUGGACUAUUCGCCUCCGACUACUGUGGCCAAGGAGGAGAGCGCAUUCUAUGGGUCGUGCUUUGGCGGGCCGAACCGCGCUAGGCAGCCCCUGCCCCACGAGAAAGUGUGGAAACUAGAAGGCAACCCUCCGCUGAUGAAGAGCGAGGCCCAAGACUUCACGUGUCUUGCAUUCACCGACGAUAACGUUCCUCUGCAAGUGUACGACGAAGCCACCGACUGUAUAGUCGAGUCCCCGACGCAAAGCGAAACCACGCUGGGUCGCAUUGUCGCCGGUACUGCCAAGGGCGACCUGUACGUAUUCUGGCAACCUCGGAGGUCUCCAAGCCCGCAACAACCUGACUUGCCUCAGAAGUGGUGGGAGCUCCCUGCUGCGUCGUGGCAGCUGAGCGACGACGUAUGUCUCGAGCAUGUCCACUUCGAAUCGACAGCGAAGCUCGUGGAAAUUAUCCCGCACGACGUAUCGACUGGAAACCGGUUCAAAAUCUCUCGCCAUGCUCAAAUGGAGUUGCAAGACCUCCAACAAAGACUGGCACUAAAACCUGAUGCCAAGCCGUUGCUCGAUCGUCUCGCCAGCCUGGAAUACAAAGGCCCCCUGGCUCACGUGAACGGACCGUGCAGCCAAAUCGCGUGCGAUGUCAGAUCGGGCAAUAUUGCGACUGCUGGUGGUGACGGCAAGGUGCACAUUUGGACUCUGCACCUCUUGGACCCGAUGAGAGUAUGUGGGACUCGAACGCUGGGCCAGUACACCCCCAUGCAUGGCGCAGCCAGCGACGGGCGACACAAGAUGCAGCUCGAGCGAAGUAUUCAAAUUCCGUCCAAGGCUCGGCUGACAAGUCUCCACUGGAGUGGCGAUGGAGCGGUCGUGGCUGGUCUGAGCAACCACAGCAUUUGGGAAGUGGAUGUUGCGACGGGUGAAUGGAGUGUGGUGGUCGAAGGGUGCGAGGGCAGCGUGUUAGGGGGGGUGCUUUUGGAGGACCAGAACGAGCUCGUGACGGUGUCAAGCGAUCACUUCAUCCGGUGCUGGGACAUGGGCAGCCUCCUGUGCGUGAAGAAGUGGCCACUUAAGAGCACAGGUACAUACAUCGAAGCCCAUCCAAGUCGCGGCGACCUUGCCGUGGGGUGCGCAGGGGGAGAGGUGGUAGUGCUCAGCUACCCCGAACUCUCGGAGAAGAAGGCGCUUCGAGUGCUGAGCAACGAGAGCGUAAGUGUGCUCAAGUUUAGCCCCGACGGCAAGUACUUGGCCGUGGGUGCCAAGGACAACUGUAUGCACGUCUACGAUGCGACCGAGAGCUACAAGAAGGUGGCCAAGUGCGAGGGACACGCCACGUUCGUAUCGCACAUCGACUGGAGCAUCGACGGGUACUUGCUGCAGACCAACUCGGCCGACGGCGAGAUCUUGUACUGGCAAGUCCACGGCGCGUCCGUCCGCCAGAUUACUGACGGCAUGCUGAUGCGCGAUAUUUUGUGGGACCGGUGGAGUUGCGUGUUUGGAUGGCCUGUGCAAGGUAUUUGGGCAGACCACAGCGCGUGCAACGAUGUGUCGGCGGUUUGCCUCGUGGACGUCGUUCCAACGUACAACCACCGACCUGCAGAUGUGCACAACGUACUGGUUGCCGAUCGCAGCCAUCUUCGCGCAUUCCGUUGGCCAUGCAUGAAGUCUGCGCAAAGCUACAACUACGAUGGACAUGCUGCCAACAUUACAUGCAUCCUGACGUGGAAGCAGCACUAUGUCGUCACCCUGGGUGGAGCCGACGGAACGAUCAUGGAGUGGAUGGCUGUCGCGAACGAACAUAGGGAAGUCGACUCUAUGCAGGAAGGGCGAGGCUGGAAUGGCGAGGUCGAUGCGAUGGAGCAGCAAUACACAAGCAGGCCGAUGGACAAUGAUGGAAUUCCUGUGGACCAGCCAUCCAGCCCGACACGGCCACCAUCAGACAACAUCCAACGACCAAGAACACCACGACACACUUUCAUCAAGGAGGGUGCAAAUGAUGUGACCCACCAGAGCGAGGAAAGCGUCCCAGAUACCGAGCGAAACACUGACGACGUGGAAGUGCGUGUGCCGCGGGACGAGAUUCCUGCAAAGGAAGAGGCCAUUCGUGAAGGAAGCACGACAGAUGGCAUCGAGUGUGGCCGCGCAAAGUUUUCAUUUCAGGGCGAACACCCCGACGAGCUCAACUUGAAGGAGGGAGAAGUUAUUCGUAUCUUGGAGAAGCGAGAAGGCGACUGGUGGUUUGGUGAGACUUGCGACGGAACGAGUGGCAUCUUCCCACGGGAGUAUGUGCAGAUGGAUUAGCAGACAUCAGGGUGUCCAAUCCAUCCAUGAUGCAACCCCGUCGUCCCAUGUCUCUGCUUGUCGCGGGAAAGUUCCUUUGGUGUGGUGGGAUUCAGACAUCCGAAAAUAUUAUCUUGCAUGAAUAUAACAAACGUUCCGAA